UGCCUUGCCUUUGUGUCCUUUCGUUUUUCCACGUAUGCGCACGCACUCGGCCUCUCUCCCCUGAUCUGAUGCCUCGUCUUUUCAUUCGGAGGCUUUCGUUUUGGUUUUGAAUGAAUCAUUUGCUUUAAUUUCCUUCUCACUCAUCCCUCAUCUUCAGUUCAAGAAGUAUCACCAGUAAGACACUUAACAAAUCUUCCCAAGCUAGUCUGAUUAAAAUCUCUAAACAUCUCCACACACAAAAAAGACAUGUCAGGUGUGUCUCUUGCUGUGGCUCCUAGAACGGAGCCUGGUACAACAACUACAAAACCCGGAUCUAACUCGCAAGAGAAACCGCAGCACCGUCAACAACAGCAGGCUGCUGUUGGCGGUGUCAUGGGCUCAUUGCGGGUAAUUGAGCUCCAACUCGUGGCCUUCAUCAUGGUCUUCUCAGCCAGUGGCCUUGUCCCGCUCUUUGAUUUGAUCUUCCCUGCUUUUGCCUCUGCCUAUCUGUUAGCCCUGUCUCGCCUGGCCUUCCCGGCACACGGCACCGUCACUUCCAGCUCUCAGGAGAUUUUCCAAGGCAGCAGAUUCUUCAGGGUCUAUGUGAUCGUGGGCACCACCGUUGGGCUUUUCUUGCCGCUUGCAUAUGUGCUGGGUGGCUUUGCAAGGGGUGACGAACAUGCUGUGCGCUCUGCAACACCCCACUUGUUCUUGCUCUCGUUUCAGAUUCUGACUGAGAAUGUGAUCAGCGGGCUGUCGCUGUUUUCGCCGCCGGUGAGAGCUUUGGUCCCAUUACUUUACACUGUCAGGAGAAUCUUUGUCAUCCUCGAUUGGACCAGAGAUGUUUGGCUCAACAAAACCCUGCCUGCCAAUGCACAGUUCAAGGACACUGCAUGGUUUUGGUUUGGGAGGACCUUGGCCCUAGCCAAUUUCCUAUAUUUCUCCAUCAACCUGUUCGGGUUUUUGAUCCCUCGGUUCCUUCCGAGGGCGUUCGAGAGGUACUUCAAGGAGAGGGAUGAAGUUCAUGCCAAGAUGGCAGAAGACAAGCGCUCUGCAGCAGAUGCAAAUAAAUCAGAACCAGUUUCAGAUAAGAAAGCUGCUUGAGUUUUGGUUUUCUCGCGGUCAUGGUUAUAAAUACUGUUUUUGUUAGCAGAAUACUGCAUCUUAACUUAAUCAAUUUGCCGAACAUGAUGUGGCUUGUUGAUCUGUGGAAGUUAGUUUUGUAUAACUACGUUUGUUGAUGAUGUCUCACCUGCUGAGGUAUAUUUAACUAAAGAAAAGCAAAGGUGGUUUGCCCA